AUGGCUGUAGAGGACCUAGAAACAGAGGCAGCAGCAACUGUGGUGUCAAGUGCAGCCGAGGGCUGCACCGGUGACGGCAGUAGAGGAGUUUGGGCUGAGACAGGAUCCCCAGACAGCAAUCUGCCGGGCAGUGACCCCUGCUGCAGUGCGAAACAGACAUCUGUGACACAGGGACAGGCAUCGGUGGCAGCAGAAACAGGGGAGGUGGUGGGUCCUCUGAAACAGAUCCUGCCUUGUGAAGCCACAACUGGUCGAAGUGAUGGGACAUCCGCCCAUCAGGAGACUCCAACAGAGGUGGGAGCUGGUGAGCCGGUGCCUGAGGAGGAACCAGAGGAGGUGCUGACACGCGAGCAGGCAAGUGCGGCGCUCAGCCACCUGGGCAAGGCAGCCGAUGGGCUGCGCUAUGCCUACCUGGCAAUGCGGCUGCCUGGCUGCCGCCUCUGCGACAUCUCCGCUGCAGCCGCCUUUCAGAACAUUCUCUUGAUCGACGUGUCCAACAACAGGUUGCGUGAUGGAAGCCUGGAUGUGCUGGCGGCCAUCCCAUUCCUGGUGAUGAUCAAGGCAGAGAACAACCUGCUGGAGUCGGCUGCCAUGCCAGCAAUGCCCUACUUGCAGCUGCUCAUCCUCAAUGGCAACCGCAUCACACACACACAUGGCAUCGAGCAUCCUCUGCUGGAGUGCCUGGAACUUAGUCACAACCAGAUCCGUGAUAUCUGCAGCCUGGAGCCUGACAUCCUCAAAAGGCUGCGCACCCUAGACCUCCGAGCCAAUGCGCUCACCUCCACUGCAGGCAUCCAGUUACCUACACUUGAGAGCCUCUACCUGGCACAGAACUCGAUCCAACUACUCGAGGACCUGCAAUCGCUCACCAGUCUGCGUGUCCUCCACUUGCGGCAGAAUCCUCUCAAGUUGCUGACGGGCUUCAGUAAUAGAAUGGCUCGUCUGACAUACCUCAACCUGCGCGGCUGUAAGAUUGAAGAUAUGAGUGAGCUGAAGAAGCUGGCAUGCCUGCCCGUGCUGGAGACACUUGUGAUCUCGGAGAACCCGAUGGUCGAGGCUGCAGAGGAGGAGUACCGUGUGUCAUUGUUGUCCGAGCUGCCUCGUCUGAAGAGGAUAGACAAGCUGGCUGUGGAGGAGGAAGAGCUGAUGGCUGCAGAGGAGCUGAUUGCUGCCCGCACGGAGGUUCCGGAGGGUGAGGAUGAGCAGGUGGCAGACGAAGAAGAUGAAAUUUGAGAACGACGACUUAUGGUACUCUUUAAGUUCCCUCCCUCCAUACCCGUCAAGUUUCAGGUGGUGCUUACUUUCAGAAACUGUCAACUGUGCGAAGGACAUGUAAACUUUGUAAUACAAUAGUACAGACACUGUAUGGAUAUAGUUUUGUUCUAAAAUGUUCUGCAGUCCGUAUAACAAUUCUUACUUUUGGAAUGUUUGUAAUUCUUUGUCAUAUGGCAGCUUAGUAUUUCAUUAAGUCACGUAAGGGACUCAAAUGGAGAUUAGAUUUGAAUAUGCCUCAAUACUUGGUCUGCCAGUGUUGUAUUGUGCUGCAGGUAUAAAAAACUAACUUCAUGAAUCGGUCCACACA